AUGCCCAGCCCCCGAGCUCGCCCUGAGGAGGUGGAGAUGGAGCCAGUGGCUCCAGGACCGUCCCCUGGAACCCCUGCAGCCCAAGCCUGCACUCCUGCCAUGACCCACCCUGGAUCUGCACUCUUCAGUCCCCUCUGCUGCAGUGACGCUGAGCCAGGAGCUGUCCCCCCUCGUCAUCGCCAUUCAGAUUGUCGCACUAGGGCUGAGGACAGCGAGUUCCUUCAGACUGAAGAUAUUUCUGAGGGUUUGGAAUCAGAGGCAGAAAUAGCAGAAAACCACAUCAGUGAUGCUUCCCAGAUCCCUGAGCAUGGAGAACUCUGUGAUGACAUACUAGAAGGAGACUUGAGUGUCCCUGAAGGUGAGAGAUGGGAGGAGGACUUCACACCUGUCACAGUGCUUUUUAAAGAGACCCCUGCAGGAGAGAAAGAUCUGGACUGUCAUGGUUUGGGAAGGUAUUUCAGUCUAAGCCCAAAGGCAAUAGCAUGUCAAGGAAUUCCUGCAGAAGAGAGGCCAUGUCUAUAUGGCACGUGUGGCCAGAGCUUCCAUCACAGCAUGGACCUUACUACCCAUGAGGCUGGUUACACAGCCGACAGCCCAUACAUAUGUAGUGAGUGUGGGAAAACCUUCAGAAGAAGCCCUGGUCUUACUCAGCAUCAGAUAAUCCACCAUGGAGAGAAGUCCUCUGUAUGUAGUGAGUGUGCAAAGGCCUUCAGCCAAAACUCAGUUCCUAAACAUCAUCAGAGAGCUCACGUGAGUGAGAAACCCUACCAGUGCAGUGAGUGUGGGAAAGCCUUCAGUGUGUAUACCAACCUUGUCAGGCAUCAAACCAACCACAGUGGAGAGAAACCAUAUGUAUGCAAUGAAUGUGGAAAAGCCUUCAGCCAGAACUCAAGCCUUAAAAAGCAUCAGAAGUCUCACAUGAGUGAGAAACCCUAUGAAUGCAAUGAAUGUGGGAAGGCUUUUAGGCGGAGCUCAAACCUCAUCCAACAUCAAAGAAUUCAUUCUGGAGAGAAACCGUACAUGUGCAAAGAGUGUGGGAGGGCCUUCAGGAGGAGCUCAAACCUCAUUAAACACCACAGGAUUCACACAGGUGAGAAGCCUUUUGAGUGUAAUGAGUGUGGGAAGGCAUUUAGCCAGAGUGCACACCUGAGGAAGCAUCAGAGAGUUCACACUGGAGAAAAACCCUAUGAGUGCAAUGACUGUAGCAAACCAUUCAGUCGUGUAUCAAACCUUAUUAAGCAUCACAGGGUUCACACUGGAGAGAAACCCUAUAAGUGCAGUGACUGUGGAAAAGCAUUUAGUCAGAGCUCAAGUCUUAUUCAGCAUCGGAGAAUUCACACUGGAGAAAAGCCCCAUGUGUGUAACGUGUGUGGAAAAGCCUUUAGUUAUAGCUCAGUGCUCAGAAAGCACCAGAUCAUCCACACAGGAGAGAAGCCGUAUGAAUGUAGCAUCUGCGGGAAGGCCUUCAGCCACAGCUCUGCCCUCAUCCAGCAUCAGGGCGUGCACACAGGUGACAAACCCUACGAGUGCCGUGAAUGCGGGAAGACCUUUGGCCGCAGCUCCAACCUUAUUCUUCACCAGCGAGUUCACACUGGAGAGAAACCCUAUGAAUGUACCCAGUGUGGAAAAACCUUCAGCCAGAGCUCAACCCUUAUUCAGCAUCAGAGAAUUCAUAAUGGAUUAAAGCCCCAUGAAUGUCAUCAGUGUGGCAAAGCCUUCAACCGAAGUUCAAAUCUCAUUCACCACCAGAAAGUUCACACUGGAGAGAAACCCUACACAUGUGUGGAAUGUGGUAAAGGCUUUAGCCAGAGCUCACACCUUAUCCAGCAUCAGAUCAUCCACACUGGUGAGAGACCCUAUAAGUGCAGUGAGUGUGGGAAAUCCUUCAGUCAGCGCUCAGUCCUUAUCCAGCACCUAAGGAUUCACACUGGAGUGAAGCCCUACAGCUGCACUACCUGUGGAAAAGCCUUCAGCCAACGGUCAAAGUUGAUCAAGCACCAGCUGAUUCACACAAGGGAGUAG